AUGCGCGACAUCCGGCGGCCCAAGGCCUGCCCGGCCAACGGGGUCCUGGACGCCCAAUUUGCGGAGGCCCUGCGCUUCGAUGGCGUGGGGGCGGUGUCUGCUCGAGGCACCUCGCGGUACCUGUACGACUACGCGGAGCCGAUGCGGUCGGAGAUGCUCGACUUGCUGUUUCUUCCAGGCUACGCGGCCUCCAUCCAGGUGCUCAAAGUAGAAAUCGGCGGGGAUGCGCAGUCCGGGUUUGGCACAGAGCCGAGCCAUCGCCGGAGCGAAGAUCAGGUGGCCUGCAACCGGUCCCGUGCCUUCUGGCUCGUGCGGGAGGCGCGACGGCGCAACCCCUCGCUGUCGGUGCUGGCGGCGGCCUGGGCGCUCCCAGCAUGGCUGGGGCUGGAGAACGCCUCACAGAUCGGGUUCUACAACAGCGACACCAUCGACUAUAUUGUCAGCUGGAUUCGCUGCGCCAACGAGACUGGCGCUGGGGCUGUAGAGUACGUCGGGAGCCGCCCGAGGGCCAUAGUGGUGGACCAAUUGGGCCAAAGUCAGGGCCAUCCUGGCCCGCCCCUGUCCUGGUCGGAGGAUUUGCGCACAGCGCUGGAUGCGGCUGGGUUCUCCACGUCUUUGGUCCUACCUGAUGCCGAAUACGACCCUUCCGUCAAACUCCCCGAGCCUGGGGCAGCUAUGGCCGGAGGCGCCGUGGGCCUGCACUACCCAUGCUUCCUGUCCCUCCCUGAGCUGCGAAGCUCACCCCUGGCGCUGUGGAGCACGGAGGAUGCGGGCGUCACGGCGGACUGGCCUGGAGCCGCCUGUGCGGGGCGCCUGGUGAACACGAACCUCGUGCGGAUGAAUGUGACGAGCACGAUCGUGCGCUCUCUGGCCUGGGCGCUGCACCCGGCGCUGCCUGGGGCGCGGGACGGGCUGCUGCUGGCCACCGAGCCUUGGUCCGGGGCGUACUCCAUCCAAGAUCCGCUCUGGACGCUGGCUCACACCACCCGCUUUACCGAGGCGGGAUGGUACGUGCUUCCGCUGCAGUCUGGUGCCACUGGGCAUUUGAAGAAAGGCGGGACCUUCGUCACCUACCUUUCACCCAGUCGGGACGAGUUCACCCUGGUGGUGGAGAAGCUUCAGGCCAAAUGUGGCACCUGCGCUGGGUCGAUCACCGGUGCCGAAGAACUUGUUUUUACCCUGGCCGGCGGCCUGGAGGAGUUGUCAAACAUGAGCAACGACACCAGCGACACCAGCGAGACGGAGCUGUCGAACGACGACUCCACCAACCAGAGCGACGUGGACGAUGAUGAGGUUCAAGGCUUUGCGAAUGCCUCGAACGAAACCAACGCCACAGCCAACGUCACACAGGAUGGCCUGGCCUUCUUUCUGACCAACAGGACCCACAAGAUGCUUCGGCUUCCCCCACUGCCAGUUUCUGGCGGCAGCUUCCGGUUCGUGGCGGAGGCAGACACGAUCUACACUGUCACCUCGCGGAACGACACGGAGGUGCCGGCCAUUCAGGAUCGCAGCCUGGAGGUGGGCCCCUUCCCGGUGCCAUACCGCGAUGACUUCGAGAGGUACGAAGAAGACGAGCCUCGGAGUUUGUUGGACACGCCGGGCUACUUCGCCGACUACGGCGGGUCGUUUCAAGUUUCUCAUGACCCGGCAUACUUCCCCAACAUGGUGCUGAAGCAGUGGAUCAUGGAGAAGGCGGGCAGCAACCGCUGGACCUCAGCUUCGGACCCCAUCACGCUGAUCGGGCACAGGCUAGCGAACGUGGCAGUGACGGUUGAUGUGUUCCUUCCGCGCGACCAGCCGCAAGAGCCAGUGCGCCUGGGCAUCCAGGGCGCCUGGGCUGGAGGCUGCCUCUCCACAGCGGGCUCCGUGCGGGAGUUGGCGCAAGUGCAGGAAGAGUCCUGCGACGCAAAGACCGCGCAGGACUUUGUGCUGGAGCGCUCAACUGGACAAAUUGUGAUCGCUUCUGGCUUGUCCAUGGCAAAGUCGUGCCUGACGGCGCACACGUGCAUGCCCGGCCCGCACACAGACCCCACUGUAUGUGCUCGGCCCUGCGGCAGCCAGCGCUCGAACCAGACGUGGGCCUGGGAGGCGGAUGGCAGUCUGCGGCUGCGUGAGCGGCCGGAUCUAUGCCUCACCCGAGGCAAAGAGAGCAUGCCGUCUCUGCACCUGGCGAACUGCGCUGAGCCGGUGCUGCCAACGCAGCGCUUUGUGGAGACGGGGGACCUGCCGCUCUAUGCGGGCGUGUGCCUGCGCCUUGCGCCCAGGUCUGGGUCCGCAGGAGAGCCCUCUUUAAUGGCCUGCCGGGCCGCAGUGGCUACUGCUUACGGUUGGGCACGGACGCCUCCGGCCGCGGCUCCUGGCGCUUGGAGUCAGGUGGGGCCAAGGCGCGGAUGCUCGCCCACGGCGCUGCUGCCGCGACUGGCGCCUGGCACCGUCUCCGCUUGGCUGCCGAGGGCGCCACGCUGCGCGCAAGAGUCGACGGGGAAGAGGUGGUUGCCAUUGAUGCAGCGCACAGCACUGGCAUGGUGGCGCUUGUGA